AUGUGUGAUGCAUCGAAUUAUGUAGUGGGGGCCAUUCUAGGAUAAACAAAAGAGUCAAAACCCAUAGUAAUUUCAUAUGCUAGUAAAACUAUAUCCGAUGCUCAAUUAAAUUAUACCACAACUGAAAAAGAGUUUUUAGCUGUAGUAUUUUCAUUAGAAAGGUUUAAAUCAUAUAUUUUCAUUAUGCCACGUUUAUUAAGAUGGAUUUUAUUAUUGUAGGAAUUUGACUUAGAAAUAAAAGAUAAAAAAGGUUUCGAGAAUGUUGUUGCUGACCAUCUUUCUAGAUUAAGUGAUACAGGAAUAAAUGCAGCACCUUUACAAGACACAUUUCCAGAUGAACAAUUGAUGGCAGUUCAACAUCAACCAUCACCAUGGUAUGCACAUAUUGUUAAUUUUCUAGUUUCUGGAAAAACUCCAUAAUAGUGGGAUAAGAAUAGAAAACAUUAUUUAUUUUCUAAGAUUAGAAAUUAUUUUUGGCAUGAUCUUGAUUUAUAUUACUUGGGCAAUGAUCAAAUUUUAAGGAGAUGUGUUCCUAAAGAAGAAUAUCAUAGCAUUAUUAACAUGUGUCAUUCAUCUAACUGUGGAGGACAUUUCUCUAGACGAAAAAUAG